AUGGACGAACUAUUAAGUAAGAUAACAAAUAAAUCAGCAGUUCAAAUAGAAAAAGAAGAAAAGAGGAAGGAAAAAGGGGAAGAAAGAGCAAGUAAUAGUUCAAGGACAUUAAUAAUAAUACAUAGAAAUAAUGAAACAUUAAAAUCAUUUCAAAGACAAUUUUUAUCAUUUAAUUCAUCAAGUAUAGGUGAUAGUACCAGUAAUACCAGUACCAGUACUAGUCUUUUAUCUUUCAGUAAUAUAAAAUUAGACGAUGUAUCGAUAGAUACGUAUUGUUGUCCAUUUGAUGAUGAGGAAGGUAUAAAUCUUAUUAAAAUGGCUAAAAUAUUUUUAAAGUCUGUUAAAGAAGAAAACGUCCAUUGGAUAAUAUUAUUGGAUUGGUCAAUAUAUGAUCAGCAAAGAUGGCUACGUCAUAUUUUAAAAUGUGUUGGGGAGAUAGAUAGCGAGGGUAAAGAAGAUCAAAAACAUGUAGUAAACAAGUCUAUUAUAUGUAUAAAUAGUGAACAUAUAUAUAAGAUACAGAAGAAUCUCCCUUUGUGGUAUUCGCAUCACAUAGAUUAUAUUCAACAGACGUUGAGAUGGUACAGUCUACGAAAGCAUUGCAAUUUGAUGUACAGCGAGGCAGGACAGAAGAAACUUUCAGAUGAGCUGAUCAAGAAAAUAGUUAAUAUUAAUAGCAAUAACAAAUUUGGUAUAGAGGAUGUUGAGAUGGCUAAGACAACAAGGAUUCUUAUACCCUAUGGAUAUGAUAAUAUAAAGUUGAUUAAGACAUUAGACGAAACGUUUGAUGCGGAAGAAUGUACUAUAGAACGAUAUGAGGAGGUUAUACCGACACCUAUUGAUAAAAGUAGACAAACUGGAUCCAUAUUAAUAGAUUCAAUUGAACCAAGCGUUGAGUAUUUUGAUGUGACUGAAAGAUUGGAUAUUAAUGAAAUAACAAGACAUAAACCAGAAUUCAUUGAUGAGCAAAUACAAUAUAGGCGGCUGUUGGAAUAUAGUAAGAAGUUGAACAGAAAAUAA